AUGAGCGUGUGUUGUCAUCAAGUUUUUCGUGGACCUCAGCACGGUGUGUUUUGAAUUGUGUAUUUGUUGUGCUCAUUUUCUAGGUAUCAUCCAUGCCACUGUACAAAUUAAAGUGGAAUAAUUAAUAUUGUUGUGCAUAGUUUCGUUGUUCGGAGAUUGUGAAGAUGUUCCUUCCUGUUCGAUGUAUGAGUGACGGUACUUACUAGAAUAUCUACUGGAUAGAACCGUACAUACUAAGCGAAAAUGCUAACCAACAGGGAAAGCGUGUCAUCGGAAUGCAAGAAGAUGAUGCAUUCGCUGAACAGCUAUGAAGAAACUCGGAGCACUGCUAAUAAACCGAAUUCCCAUGAUCCAAUUGAGUACAUCCAAAAGGCUCGAGUGACACGGAUUGCACCUCCGAAGCCAGCCUACGAUCCUCUACAAUUUGUGCAAAUAAAACCAUGCAGUUUAACCAAAUCCGCACAGGACUUAUUGAAGAAGGCCGACGAAGUGAAAAAAGCGAAGGAAGAUAAGAGAGAAGAACCAGAAGAAUGGCAAUGCAAUUUGGACAACUGGAAAUCGUCGAGAAGAAAGCGAGUUGAACAUAUUAUUGACCGUGUUGUAAAAGUGAAAAAAUAUGAAUCCGUAGAACAUGAUCAUAACCGACGAAAAUCGAAAACGUUCAAUGAAAUCAUGGAAGAAAGAGGAUCCAGACAGCUCAAGCAUUUGCCUAUUUAUGCUAAUGAUGAUGAUAACGAUCUGAGUGACCUUGGACUAAGUAAUUCAGAUUCAACAGAAAAGAAUAUAUUUGCAGGUAUUAGUAACUUACAUGAAGACUAUUUAAAUCCCAGCAAAAACACCUCAAAUGCCGAUUUGAAUGAAUACACUUAUGAAGGAGCAAUUGAAGAUUAUAAAUCCCGAAUAUCGAGAGCAGGCAAUCUACUGUCGGAUGUUGAAAGUGGUUCUGAUCGCAAAGAAUCUCAUUAUACAACUAAUCGUCAGGAUAAUUCCAAUCUAGAAUACUUGAGUGCAAGUAAUUUAUUAAAAACUUCGCUUUCGGACGUUCCGAAAAUUGAUUUUCUGAAACGCAAGGAGUUAUUUGAGAAAAAACAACCGUAUUCUUCUAGUGAAAAUGAAUCAAAGCGGCAGUCCACAGAGAUUAUCAGCACUAUGAGCAUAAAGGAUAAAUUGUCGGUACUAUAUUUAAGCCAAGCAGAUGCAUCUGAGACUGUCAAACAAGAACGGAUAGUGCCAGAAGUUUCAUUCACUGAUUUGAAGAAUAGAUUCGAAAUUUUCGAAAAGGAUAUAAAAAAUGUCGCUAACGAUACGAGUAACCUUAUAAAACAAUCUUUAUCAACAUCGCCAAAAGUGCAACAACAGACAAACCACAACACAACAAGCAAUGAACACGUUGAAAUCGUAAAACAAGAGGACAUUUUUGCUCAUAAAUUGGUGAGUGAGUCCAAUUUAUAUCAUGCAUUUUUAUCUCAAAAACAAGCGACAUACCUUGAUGACAAUGAUAAUGUAGAUACCGAUCGUGAAGAUAGCGGUAUUCAUACUACAGAUGUGUCAUGUUCAGUUUCGCAAGCUGAUGAUCAAAAUGAUGAUGGCGAACAACAUGACGAGGUGGCUUCUAAUUUGAAAUCUACCAGCAUUCUCCCCAUACAUGCUUUUAGCGAAACGAUGCGAUCUUCGAGAAAUAAUAGUAACUUUGGUAAUUUACAACCGGAUGAUGAAUUAAACGACACAAAUAUACUAGAUGACGCCCUUGAAAUGGCUUUCCAAGCGAUUGACAACCUGGAUGGAACUGUAGACGAACCGUGUUGUACGAAUAUGAAGGAACCUAUUUAUCAGAAUGUAAGCGAUGUUGAAAAGGAUGCCUUUCACGUUUCGAAAUAUAUCUCAAAUUUUGAAAAUGAGUCUUAUUAUCAGGUGUCAAAGGCACUAAAUCCAUACUAUGAAGUACCAAAGACUAAACCUAUUUCGCUAUAUGAGAAUGUUGACAUCUUGCAGUUAGUUGCUAUCAGUUCUGGCAGUGACGUAUUACAAGAAGAUUUAAUUAAGUUAUCAAUUGGCAUAAACAAUAUAGAACCCCCUAAAGAGAAACCGCCACCGCCACCAACCGACAACGUUCAUGAGGAUCUAAAAGAAGUUAUUCCAAGUAAUUUUAGAGAAAGCUUCAAGCAUAUGAAUUCAACGAAGCGCAUUAAAAACGAAAUACAAUUCAAACGAUCAAGCUUUCUUGGUGUCGAAGGGACAAUGGACAGUGAAAUAAUAGAGUUUUCCGAAGAGCCACCAUCUAAAGUUACUUCCAUUAUGCAAGACAAGAAAAAAAUAGAAAAGGAAUUUCUCCUAAGAACAGACUUGAUCGAUAAUUUUGAUGCGGGUCGUGAUUCGCGAUUGUCGGAAGAUCACUCUCGCCAAAGCAGUGAAUUGUUUAAUACGUCAUCUGAUGAUACGGAGGACCCUAUUAAACCCAAAUUGGGCGAACAGAUAGUAAUGCAUUUCGAUGAAUUUGAUGAUCAUUUUGUGGGGCGUUGCAAGACCAGUGAAUUUUAUCAGGAAGGCAUCGUAGAUAUGGAUAGACAACGACUGGCGAAGGAUCGAGAAAUAAAGCAAACACUGCAUAGGAAUGCAAUCCCAAGUCCGGUACCUCCGACGAAGCCGUUUCGUUCACAUAAGUACACAGCACAUCAUUCACAUAAGUACAAUUUGUACAGUGAUGACCCAAAAUGUUUACCAAACAUUUCAAAUUCGGAUUAUAGACAAUUGGGUGACAACACUAUGUCACUAAGCGAUAAUCAAAUCACUUAUCAUCCGAAAACUUGUACACAUAUCAACUAUUCAAAAGGCCAAACUAGUUGCGGAAGUAACUCGUGUACAGCUAUCAACACAACAGAAUCGAAUAGCUAUCCAUUCCAUAAACAUACGUUAGGACCACGUAGUUACGUGGAAUGUACUUCACAGAGGACCACAACGGUUAGACCAAUCAGCCGAAGCAACGAUUCAUACAACCAACACUGGUUUAUCCAGGAAGCAGAGCAGCGGAGAAUUGAAGAACAAUCAAAUAUUCAUCACACGUCUGUAUUCGGACAGCAAAAGAUGGUAAACAGGAAGUCACUGCCGGAAUCAGUCAUACACACGAUAACACAACGGGUUCAGAAUCUAGAAAUCGGCACAGACCGUCGGUGGUGUUCGGCAAGGGAGAGCUGAAUAGUAACAGUAACUAAAGAAUACGAAAGUUUAGGAACUUUCAUAACCAUUGAAGUAUCUAGUUAUUCAAACGCGAAGACGCGACAAUUGCCGAUGAUCAGCAGUUCUAUCAACUUCCUAACACUUUGUGAUGAUGUAAUAUUGUAACUUACAACUUGUAAGGCAAUGCAGCAAUGUUGUUCUUUCAGAAUAGUUUUGUCUCUUACUGGCUCGAUCGACAGUCACUCGGUUUUCAUGUUUUCUCGAGCCCUUGUCAAUUUUUCCCAUUGUUACAACGUCUUUCGUUGCUAUUUUAAGUUCCAAUUCUGGGUGUUCAACAUAUUGAAUGUAAAAUGAAUUCUAGGAAAAAUAUAUCCAGUAUAUCCAUCUACAAGAAGGCCCACUACCAUUACUUUUACAAAGGGUAAAUUGCCUAUUUUCACCCUAUUAAGGAAGGUACCUCACUAACUCAUUAAUUACUCGGACUACAAUCGAUGGAAUGCGUAUGAAUUGGCAUCAAGAGCUUUGCUUCGUUGAUUAGAAUCAAUCUAAUAACACAAAUGCCCUGAAAACAUUGAAAUGCUCGUGUUUGAGCGCAACGAAAAUUCGGAUUUAGUGCCUCAAUUGUCGCCCAAUGCGUUGAACAAAGAUGGCAAAUAGAAACAUGGUGAAAAUAAGCUUAUUACCCUAUAAGUUAAUGGUAUGGGUAACGGGGCGUUGGAGCGGGACAGAACGGUUCGAACGGUACAUAUUAGAGACAGCAACGCUAUGUUCGCGCUAAAAUUAUAAAGGUGAGGGCGAUUGAAUCCCAAUAACGACCAACAAAAAAAAAUUAAUUUAAUUUUUUUUUCAGGGUGAAUAGGCAAUUUUGUUACCCUAAAGGGUGAAUUUUUAAUCGGUUUGAUCGUAUCUCUAACCGUUUCUGCAGAAUACCACAAAUGGCGCGCAGUAUCUCAAAAGGUAGACAAUCAGUGUUUGCCUCUAGUAACGUUAGGAGAAAGGUUACUUUUUUAGCCUCACAAAAUCAUGUUUCCAUAAAAUCAUUUUUACUGACUGAUUCUAUUUAAUAAGCCAAUUGUUAUUUGGAAUAUUAAAUUCGACCUAGACCUGCUAUUUCGAUGCUGUAGACUAAUUAUUUUGUGAUAUGACAAUCUGAUAAAAUUAGAAGUUGACAAAAAGAAUACUGGACAAAUUCGAAAAAUUAGAUUCGUCAAAGUACAAUGUCAGUCAAUUAGAUCAGUUUGAAGGUAUUUGUAAUUAAUAAACAAUUUCGCAAAUGCAAAAAUAUAUUACAUAACAUCACAUUAAUAUAUUGACUUGUGCUUCUAAUCAAACAAAACAUUACGCUGCUCACUACACUAGAGUGAUUAAAUCAUGACAAUAUUAUAACCGAUUUGGUUAACCCAACAUUUAUUCAUACAUAGAAUCUCGACAUCAACAUACCAUGAUCAGCCUCUUCAUGACUUUACAAGUGUUCUCAACAAAUUCCUUUGUUGGUAUUAGAAUUAGCUACAACUUUACUGAAUAGAGUAUGUCUCUAUUUGAAUUUGUUUGGAAUCGAAAAAACGCGUUUGGAAAUAACGAAAAUAUUCCGAACUAACCGCAAAACCAAUGGUUUAGACGCUAUUAAUACAGAGCACAAAAAUAACAUUUUAAAACUCUACACUGUUUAUGUUCACUAAACAACCAAAAGUUUACAAUUUAGUUUACAAUAAGCAAUUUCGAAAAAAUAUUAUUCUGCUUAAAAUUUCAGAUAUAGUAAGUAUCUCAGAGCUAAUGAGUAUUCAAUAUAAAAUUCAGCCAAACUGCAGCAAGUUCUACUGCCUAUGAUCACAAAUCAUUUCCAUAAAAAUUAAUAAUCCCAAAUAUAUGACAAAUAUGUGAUCAUGAACAGUAUAUUGCAGGUGAGUAAGUUUGACGAUAUCUGUCAUUAAACACCAGAAAGACAGAGUCUGCGGACCUGGAGCGCAUUUUGAUUGAACCCAAAAAUUUUUGAACGGAGCAUCCAGCGAUAAUGAUAGUAAUACCAAAUACAAAUUUACAAAACAUAUUUGUAUUUGGUAAUACCAUCAUAAACCUAAAAGCUUAGAAUAUAACUUUGUCAAAAAUGCAAUAAAGCGUGCAACACGCAAGAAAUAACAGCUAUGCCAUAACCGGGAACUUUCCCUUAUUAUUUAAUACUAUCGAUUCCGCUUACAGGCAGCAAAAAAAUCAAGAGCCAAAACUAAUACCCUUCAAAUCUGGCUGUUAAUGACGAUAACAUCUGAACAUUAAGGCCAUUUGCAUCAGUCAUUUUACAACAAUUUGAAAGAACCCUGUAAAUUUUCAUUGAAUCUGAUGUAGUAAAACGUGUCGUUCAAAUAUAUCUAACAAAAAGCAUCUUUCAAAUAUAGCAUCGCGAUAUGAACAUCAUAUCGUAAUCAGAAAAAAAAGAACCAGAAAAAAACAGGAAGGUAGCGGAAUGGGCUUGAACCGGACAAUUACCACCAACCAUUUGUUUACUCCGUAGCGCGUUUUCGAACCAUACCGUACCAACAGACAGUCACUUGGUUGAAAUAUAACAUACAUGAACUUCUUCUGAGUGCCAUAAGUUCACCGAGUUACGACUAGUAAUUUUAGGGGAAUUACGAAUAAAACCGAUCCCCUGCGACUUUCUCCAUAAAUAAAUUUUUUCUUCAUUUUAUUAUGACAGGUACGAUUAUGUACAGC